AUGUCAAUCAUCGACAAUACAUCUUUUAAUGAUAUAUCAUUGUAUGAUGAUGAUACACGACAAUUUUAUUUGAUUCAAUUUUGGGUAUUUCUUCUUUUAAUUAUUCCAUCGAUUAGUGCGUCAUUAUUUGCUUUAUAUCAUUUUCUUCAUGAUAAAAAUCUUCGAAAACCAUUUCAUAAUUAUGUCAUAAUUAUUCUUCUUAUAAUUAAUCUAUUUUAUGAAUGUACAGACAUAUGUAUAUAUAUUCAUUAUUUUCGUUGUUUUGAAUCUUUUUCAUCAACACUUAGCUUUCGUCUUUUUUGGGGAUAUAUUGAUUGGGGAGUUUAUGCUCUUGAACUUAUACUAUAUGCUUGGACUACAAUUGAAAGGCAUAUUCUCAUUUUUCAUGAUCAAUUAAUAACUACAAGAAAUAAACGUUUUUUUAUACAUUAUUUUCCACCAAUUAUAAUAUUUAUUUAUUGUUUAUUGUAUUAUACAAUAAUAUUUUUUGCUUCACAAUGUAAGGAUGAUAUCGAUGAUAUAACUGGACCAAGUUUAUUUCAUUGUGCUUAUGAAAAUAAUACACUUUACAUGUAUGAGAUAAUAGUUAAUGCAAUAUUACCUACUUUCAUUGUCGUUGGUUCGAGUAUAGUUCUGUUAUUACGUGUUGUAUGGCAAAAAUAUCAUACUCAUCGACAGAUGCAUUGGCGACAAUAUCGAAAAAUGACAUUUCAAGUAUUGAUUAUUUCAUGUCUUUAUCUGAUUUUACCAUUUCCCUCUAUGUUUAUUAUAUUUCUUCAGCUAUGUGGUGUAUCCAAUGACGUUGGAGCUGAAUUUUUAUCACGUAUGACGUAUGCUUCUUAUUAUACUUUACUUCUUUUUCCAAUAUUUUCUAUUGGAUCAUUACCAGAACUCAGAAAAAAAUUCAUCAAAAUGAUACAAUUUCGACAACCACCACGUACUAUUCAUCCGACAAAUGUUCCUACCGCACUCAAAAUAAACAAUCGUGCAUCUAUUCAAUGA